CUCGGCUUGAAGGACGUCUCUGAAGGAUGUCUCGCACAAUUCUUCGCUUUAGCCCAGCCAUUAGCGAGCCCGUUCUCAUCUCUACCCCAUAUGAAGCCAAGGCGACUCGUCCACGAAAUGGGGAAUGAAGUCGAUGGAGAGACCUUAUGGUUCGGAAUUACCCCUUAACUUUGUUGACUUGACAGUCAAAGCUCAUGGAGUUAAAUCCGGCAUAUUACUGGAUGGGUUUAUUACCGAGGUAUGGAGAGCUGCCAACCGGGAGGCUAACUGACUUCUUGGAUUGUCCUACAGAGAGACUGUUCAUAAGCCACGGAGAGAGCUCUGGAUGCUGUUGGCCUCUUUCCUACAUUUCCCCGCAAUCUGAUGUGUUUCCUACUUGCACUCAGCGGGAUUCGCUACGAUGGCAACCAUACUUCAGACGAGAAUGCUGGGUGAAGUUCGAGGCAAGACUCAUGACGGUGUGAGUCAGUUUCUGGGUAUUCAAUACGCUUCUCUCAAAGACAGAUUCGCAGACGCGGAACUCAUCGAGCAGCGGGAAGGCAGUACCUUGGACGCGAGCAAGGACGGUCCAACUGCUUUGUCUCCUUCGUUUGGGUGUGACUUUGAGCUGGGCCACAUUCAACAUAUGCUUCCAAAGAAAGAGCUUCCUCAAUCGGACUUGAAUUGUCUCAACCUGAAUAUCACCGUCCCCGCUGGCACAACAGCGACCUCCAAACUUCCUGUGUUUCUCUUCAUUCACGGCGGAGGGCUGGUGCUUGGAGCUAACUCUUGGCCACAAUUCGAUUACGCACGGUUCGUCAAGUUAUCUGUUGAGAAAGACUUACCCAUAGUGGCAGUUUCUAUGAAUUAUCGUCUCGGUGCAUUUGGCUUCCUUACUUCUGAUGAACUUCGACGGGCUGGUUACAACGCCAACAACGGGCUCAGAGAUCAGAAAGUGGCCAUGAGGUGGGUGCAGAAACACAUUGCGGAUUUCGGUGGAGAUCCUGAUAAUGUGACACUCGCGGGGAUGAGCGCUGGAGGAGCGUGUGUAACUUAUCACCUCGACUCCGACGAGCAACUCUUUAGGCGGGCUAUCGUAAUGAGUGGUACCUGUCUACUCAUCCAACCCUUGCCUUACGAUUUACAUGAGCAGAACUACCAGCAAGCCAUUGCAGCGUUAGGACUGGCCAAUGCCAGUUCAGAGGAAAGAAUCAGAGCUCUUUUGGAAACACCGGGUGAUGACUUGGUCGCCAGAAUACCCCCAACCGUCCUAGCAGUUCCUGCGAUUGAUGGGGACAUGGUGUCGUCGGCAGUCACCUAUGCGCGAAAGUGGUGCGAAGAUCUAAUGAUUGGCGACGCUCAGAUGGAUGCUAGUAUCAUGGCGUUUUUGAUGUCCCAUACGAAGAAAGACUGUGCAAGCAAGUUUGUUACCGCGAUGGACACCGUACUUUCAUCUAAAUCCGACGUUGCGCAACAAAUCUUGGACAAGUACAACAUCACAAGCGACAUGACAGACGACGAGGCCUUCCCAGCUAUUCUCAACUACAUAAAUGACAUUGCUUUCUUUGCUUCAGUCCUGACAUUUGCAAAGGGCUGGGAAAACAAUGCAUACGUCUAUCACUUCAACGAAGGGAAUCCAUGGGACGGACCUUGGAAAGAUCGAGCGAGUCAUAUCCUUGACUUAGCCUACCUGUUCCAGAACUUCCGAGAGUUCAUGGGGCCAGACCAGCAGCAACUUGCAAUUACCUUCGCCGAAGACUUCUUCAAAUUCUGCCAUGGUAUGAAGCCAUGGCCCGCCAUCGCCCAGAAUGAUGUAGAAGCUGGCUUUACGGCACGAGUCUACGGUCCGGCACCCAAUGUCGGGCAAGUGAACGGGCCGUACAAUGAGGGAAGUUUGCGAAGAAGUGUUCUCUUCGACCGCACUGAGCAAGUGUCGCUAGACGAAUUUGCAAAGGUACUUGCUUUGUUCAGGACACUCUAGCCCAAAGUCAUGACACGCUAUUUUGGAUAUUUAGAGGCUUAAAACCCUCUAGAUGAGCUGUUGGAUAUGCUCUAAGGAAGUUAAACUUAUUAAUAUGGUUAUAUCCUAAGCGCAUCUUUUGCUCAAUGAGGCCUCUAUAAGCACGCUUUAAAGGGCCAAAACAACCAACAUCUAGUGGUUGUAAGAGAUGAGAAGAAUGAGCAGGC